UUUUAUUCGAAUUUCAUCCCCGUGGAACGCUUAUGGACAAUCUCGGGAAGCUGGAUACAAUCGGCAUAACUGAGCGAUCCCGCUGGCCCAAUGAUGCCACAUCAGCUGUCGACUAUAUCCAUUCCUUGCAUGUUAUUCACGGUGACAUUGGGGCUCAUAAUUUUCUCAUCCAUAACGACGGUAGGCUGGUCCUAUGCGACUUUGCCGGGUCCGGCAUGGAAGGCUUGAAGAACACUGUCACCGCUGGUUCACGCUACUCCCACCCGGACUCUUACGGGAUCGACCAUGAGACGGGGCCAGAGGAUGACGUUUUUGCGCUUGGCACGGUGCUCUACGAGGUGUACUUUGAUAAAAGGCUCUUCAAUGAUCAGACCAGUGGAGAAAUCCGCCGCAAACUGCGCGACCGGCAGUAUCCUGACUUGUCUGCGGUGCCGCGGCCCCUAAGAAACGUCAUUGAGAAAUGCUGGUUUCAUCAUGGGUACAAGGCCAAUGAGGCGCUGACUGACCUAGCAUUGAUAGAAUCUGGAGAGAACGGAGAUACCUUAGAUCUGCCGGAAAAUCUCGGAUGGAUUUCGGUCAAUGGUACACGGGACUGAAUUUUUACCGACAACCUUUGGGGUUACCGAGCCGGAGAGUUCACCACCCUUAACAAUGCGCCGUCUCAAGAGCCCAGGCCUGCGCCAUCCAAUGCCGACGCCCAUCAACGAAAUUUGCGAACGCGAAAUUGACACUUUGAUCAUCGGUUGAUACAACCUGUCGCGACUGCUCG